ACCCUUUGCUUCGUCCAAUCGCCUAUCAUACAGCAUGAGUCGUGGAUCAAGCGCAGGAUACGAUAGACAUUUGACUAUUUUCUCUCCAGAAGGUCGCUUGUACCAAGUUGAGUAUGCAUUCAAAGCAAUCAGCAACGCUGGAAUUACCUCACUAGGUGUACGUGGUAGAGAUGGUUGCGCAAUUGUCACUCAAAAGAAAAUACCCGAUAAGCUUCUCGACCCAUCCACUGUCACCCACAUCUUCUCUCUGACGCCAACUAUUGGUUGCGUUGUCACUGGAAUGAUUGCCGAUGCCCGUGUUCAAGUCACGAUGGCUCGCCAGAAAGCCGCCGAAUUCCGAUAUAAGUAUGGAUACGAGAUGCCAACAGAUAUGCUAGCAAAGGCUAUCGCGAACAGCAACCAAGUUGCCACCCAGGAAGCCAGAUUCCGACCGCUUGGCUGUUCUAUAAUUCUGAUUGGUUAUGAUGAUGAGUUUGGUCCACAACUGUUCAAAUGUGACCCAGCAGGAUAUUAUGUUGGUUAUCGUGCAACCGCUGCCGGUGCCAAACAACAAGAAGCCCUCAAUCAUUUGGAAAAGAAGUUGAAAAAGGAUCCAAAGCUAGAUAUCAAUGAUACUGUUGAGCUUGCAAUAACAACUUUGUCGACGGUGUUGGCUGCCGAUUUCAAGGCGACUGAAAUUGAAGUGGCAAUUGUUGAAAAAGGUGCUACACGCUUCCGAAAGCUCUCAGUAGAAGAGAUUGAAGACUGUCUUCAGAGAAUUGUUGACCGCGACUAAUAUUCUUUGAAUGAACGAAAUUGUAAAAUGAAGAAAUAAAAAAUUAACAAAAAAAAAAGCCGAACGCAUUGGUGGGGUAGCGAGGGAGUGGGAAGUCUACUACAUACUGCUUCAUUUUGUAUCCAUUACAGUUAUUCGACGGUUUGCAAAGGUUACCUGAUAUUUGCAAGUUGAACGUUCUUGUCGGGCAAUAAUCCUCAGCGUUGUGCC